GAGUGUCCCAGCGGGAUUGUCAACGAGGAGAACUUCAAGCAGAUUUACUCACAGUUCUUUCCUCAAGGAGACUCCAGCACCUACGCUACUUUUCUCUUCAAUGCCUUUGACACCAACCAUGACGGCUCGGACUUUGUGGCUGGUUUGUCGGUGAUUCUUCGGGGAACAGUGGAUGACAGGCUGAACUGGGCCUUCAAUCUAUAUGACCUCAACAAGGACGGCUGCAUCACCAAGGAGGAGAUGCUGGACAUCAUGAAGUCCAUCUAUGACAUGAUGGGCAAGUAUACGUAUCCUGCACUCCGGGAGGAGGCGCCGAGGGAGCAUGUGGAGAGCUUCUUCCAGAAGAUGGACAGAAACAAGGAUGGCGUGGUGACCAUUGAGGAGUUCAUCGAGUCCUGCCAAAAGGAUGAGAACAUCAUGAGGUCCAUGCAGCUCUUUGACAACGUCAUCUAGCCCCCCAGGAGAGGGGCUCAGUGCGUCCCGGGGGGCCCGAGCUCUAGCCCUAGGCCAGGUGGACCUCACCCUCUCUUCCCAGGUCUGUCCUCACCCUAGCCCUAUCCUGGGGGCUGAAGGGAUCCAAGAACCUGGGCUUCAGUGGUCCAGAUCCCUGGAGCUGAUGGGGCCAGAGAGUGGGCAGAGUGUACCUGGGGGUGUUCCCCACCCCCAACAGCUCUCGCCCCCUUCCUGUCUGACACCCAGUGCUGAGGGUGCCCCUCCUGUAGGAACCGAGUGGUCUCCCACCUCCCGCCUCCUCUAGGAACCACAACACUAGGCAGAAUGUCUCCCGCUAUGGUGCUUCCC